ACGAAAUUUAGACAUGCACAGAUUGUACCCUACCAAAGCUUUACGUGCAUAUAGGGGAGACUCCCAGCUGAGAACGUGCACAGAUGGUACCCUGCCAACGGUUCGCGUGCACAUAUGGAAUCUGAAAAAUUGCAAGAAUGUCUUUCCUACGUGGCUCUGCUAAUUAUGUAUGGUGCACAACUAGUGUCCUUGGUAAGGGUGCCACGGGUGCUGUUUUCCAAGGAGUAAAUAAAAACAACGGAGAGCCUGUUGCUGUUAAAACAUUUAACCAAUUGAGUCAUAUGCGACCUCCUGACGUUCAAAUGCGUGAAUUUGAGGUACUGAAGAAGGUAAAGCACGAAAACAUUGUUAAAUUAUUAGCAAUUGAAGAAGAACAGGAUGGGCGUGGAAAAGUGAUCGUAAUGGAGCUUUGUACUGGUGGAAGUCUAUUCAACAUCUUAGAUGACCCUGAAAACACGUACGGAUUAGCGGAAGGAGAAUUUCUCUUGGUUUUAGAACAUUUAUCCGCUGGAAUGAAACAUUUGAGAGACAAUAAUUUGGUACAUCGCGACCUAAAACCUGGAAAUAUUAUGAAAUUUAUUGCCGAUGAUGGCAGUACAAUUUACAAACUUACGGACUUUGGCGCAGCCCGUGAACUUCAGGAAGAUCAACAAUUCGUAUCCCUUUAUGGUACGGAGGAGUAUCUGCAUCCGGACAUGUACGAACGGGCUGUUUUACGAAAACCAGUCGGAAAAACUUUUGGAGCAACAGUAGAUCUUUGGUCUAUAGGAGUAACAUUGUAUCAUGUAGCUACAGGAAAUUUACCUUUUCGGCCAUUUGGAGGACGAAGAAACAAAGAAACUAUGUUUUAUAUUACGACCAAAAAGGCAUCCGGAGUCAUAUCAGGCACACAGACUUCGGAAAAUGGAUCAAUUGCAUGGAGUAGAGACUUGCCGCAAAACUGUCAGUUGAGUGCUGGUCUUAAAAAAAUCGUAACUCCUCUUUUGGCUGGAUUGUUAGAAGUUGAUUCCCAGAGAAUUUGGAGCUUCGAUCGUUUUUUUGCUGAAGUCCAGGAUACCCUGUGUAGGAAAGCUGUUCACAUAUUCAAUGUACCGCGGGCUAGUAUUAUUAAAGUAUUCCUACAUCCUGAGGAGAAAAUUGUUGCUCUUCAAAGUCAUAUUCAAGAUCAGACAGAUAUUUCUCCACACGCACAAAUAUUGUUAGUCGAAGAAAGUCCUCUGACUACUCUAGUCGAUGAUUCAACUCCCGGUAAAAGUUAUCCUGCGACAACGAUAAACAAACCGAUGAUAUUAUUUUCUCGAGAAAAUAACAAUGUUGUAGUUCCAUUGGACCUUGAAUUGCCAAAUUUCCCUACUUUUGCAAAUCUGGUCUCAGUUGAAAAUGACGCUAGUCAAGCAAAAGUUGCCUGUUCGGUGGGCCAUGUUUGUAAGCGACGUAUUGACACUAUAUCUAGGUGCAGUAAAUUGUCGCAGAAUGCAGUAGAGGCUUUCAACGGACUUCUGACUGCGGAACUCACGAGAGUUCUAAAUAAGUGUCUGCGGUUAAAGGACUUAUCCAAAGCAGUGGAAGACAUCGUGCUAGCAGUAGAACGAGGCGAAAAUAUUUCUCAACAAAUAUUUAGAAAAUUUGGAAAUCAAAUUAAUUUAAAAGCUAGGAGUUGGAAGAAAGAUCUAGAUUUCAAGAGCAGAGAACUUCUUGUAGAUUUAGCUCCAGCGGUUUCACAAUUGCAUCAAAGGUACGUGAAAGAAAACAAUUUGCGGGCAGAAUGGGAUAGUAAUACACGCGGUUUACGAUGCCCGUGGUCUACUAAAGCUAGUCAAAGAGCCAGUACGUUAGUGGAUCGUUUACGAGAUGGUUGGCAGCAUUUGUUACGCGACAGGGCUACUCGUAGUCUCACCUAUAACGAUGAACAAUUUCAUGUCCUAGAACGAAUUAAGGUCACAGAAACAGGACGCAGAAUUCAAGUACUUUUAGAUGCCGAAUGCCUCCCAGCUAUCACGCAACGCUCUGAAUCGUUGGCAGAUUGGUACAAGAUGGCACAAACUGUCUACUUACAAACGCAGAUCUUGGAUAAAGAUGUUGACAACUAUGAAAGAGCCUUGGAAUCUUUUUCUUACCAACUUUCGCAAGAGAGCAAAGAUCGUUAUGAUAGUUUUUUACGUUACGUAGAUAAAUUGUCAGGCAAAGUGAAAUCCACUGAAAGACCAAAUGUACCAGAUGAUGAAAAUGCGAAAAAGUGGAGGAACAUUUGUGACAUACAAGAACAUAUUUCUCAAAUCUUACAUGAAAAUAAUCUCUGUAUCGACGAAUUGGAUACAUUAUCCAUUAUGGAUGCACUUGACGAUGAUGACGUAGGAGAUUCUGAGUUUAAAUUAUGACGCCUGCUUAGAUUUUUUUAAAUUUAAAGUAUGCAGAAAGAUCGACCUCCUAUUUUUCGAAUUUACUAAAUUUUUGUAAUAAAAUCGCAAUCCUUUAUGAGGAUUGUUAGAUACAAA